CGGAUGACUAGGUUUAUUGCUCAGCAUAUAUUAGCACCAAUUUUGGUGACAUGUGGUGUACUGGGAAAUAUUUUCAAUAUAGUCGUUCUUAGGAGUCCAAAGAUGAAAAGUUCGACGAAUGUGUAUCUCAUGGCCCUAGCAAUCUGUGAUUCAAUGUAUCUUAUUUUUAUGUUUUUAUUGUCGUUUUUCAACUGUGAAAACAAAAAUCAGUUUACAUUUGUCUUUUACAUCGUUCCGUUUGGACGGGUGUUUUCCGAUCUGUUUGGUAAUACUGCUGUGUGGCUUACAGUGGCCUUCACAUUGGAGAGAUACAUAGGAGUGUGUCACCCAAUGAAAGGGAAGGCGUGGUGUACCAUUGGAAAAGCAAAACUGGCUGUUAUCAGUGUAUUUAUUAUAUCACUUAUCAACACAUUUCCUGAAUUCUUUGAACUAGAGAUCGUGGAAUUCAUUCAUAUAGGUAAAGAGAAAUCAACCAUACUUAAAUGUCAGACGACAAGGUUUGGCAGCACAUCCAGUUAUCAAAUCGGAUAUUUCUGGUGGUACGUGGCAUUUUUCAACUUUUUCCCUCUUGUGUUGCUAGCAGUGUUCAACAGCAUAUUAAUAUGGUCUGUUUGGAAGGCUAACAAGACCCGACGUACAUUGUCGAAUUCAACCGUCAUCGGAGAAACAACGAGACAAGCGACAGAACAACAAAAAGUGACUACAAUGCUUAUAUCUGUCGUUAUCAUAUUCCUUCUCUGCCAGCUUCCGUGGGCAAUCCUGUUACUGUACAAAGCCUACAUAUCAGCCAAUGAUAUCAACUCGCAUGGUGACAGCUUACGAAUCGCUGGAAAUGUGUGUAACUUGUUGGUUGAAUUUAAUUCUUCUGUCAAUUUUUUACUGUAUUCCUAUUUCAGCAGUCGAUUUAGACGCACGUUUAAGAGAAUAUUUUGCAAGUGGAAACGGGAACGAGACAGGCGAAGAUCUCUUUCGAGUUCCUCGGAUACCUUUCGGAAAUCAUCUUCCUCAAAGGAAAGUACAACGGCCACUUCCGUGUCUUCUUAUAGAUCAAAGCGCGGCAUGGUAUCCGACUUGUCGGCAAGAGGAAAUCUGAUAUGUCAAAAAUUGUAA